UAUCACCGGGACGACGGUGCACGCAAUCGCAACUAUUCUUUCUUUUUUAUGCUGUUCCCUACGUCACCGACAGUCUACGCCCAAGAGCACAUUUAAGCUUCAACACUCUAAUCCCACUAUUCCAACCACAACUUCAACUGGUGGAUGUACAUUAAAUAUUUAAUGAAAAAGGUCUUGUCUUAAUUUCAACCUCGAAGGUCGGGACAGUGUCGUCCGAAAAUAACAGUAAAAAUGCGACGAAGCGACAACAGAUCGAAAGAGUAUCGGGACCCGAGGGAUUUGUUCUCCAAGGAUAGACUGAAAGAACUGGAGAGAAAAAGAAGAGAAUGGAGAAUUGAACAGGAAAGACGUCGAGAGCACGAGAAACGUAAAGCGAAGAUGAUACAAGAGUGGGAGGCAAAAAGAGCUCGGGAAUUAGAAGUAAAGAAGCAACGAAGACGAUCUAAAUCACGAUCAAGAUCAGCGUCACCCACAGGCAGCAGACGAAGUGAUAGAAGUAAAUCUGCAGAAAAAGGAAAAACUCAUUCCAGCAGCGGCGUUCCUGUCAUGUCUGAGAAGUGUGAUACUUCGUCGUCGAAUAAUACUCCACUGUUUAAGGGCAGUGAGGGUAAUAAAAUUAGUGUUAGUGAACUUCAAAAAAUUACAGUUAAUAUUCAUCGAAACCUUUCAAAAGCUGAAGAGACAUCUGAGUUGUUGAGGAAUAUUACUAGCCCUGAUGAAAUCAUCCUCAAACGAACAGCAGUUACAAAAGUUUAAUCGUAUUCUUAUUCAUUCUUUGAUUGGUCAAAAAGUCUUGGGGAUAUUUAUGGUAAAUAGUAACUGAAAAUUUGGGGAAAUUCCAAACUGAAAAUAUGGAACAAAGUUUACCUGACUUCUGUGGGAUAUUCGCCAGUGAAGAUUUCAUAAAGAUCCUGAAGGAAUCAAUUAACCUUUCCUCGUCAUCAGUUGAACAAUAUGGCAAAUGAACAACUUGAAAAUGAUGGAUACUUUGUCUGGAAGAAACUCAUCGACUUACGAAGUAUGGAACCCAUUUCAAUUCAUUUUAGAAUAUUGGAAAUGGGGUAUAAGGAAUAAUAAUUAUUCAAUAAGUGAUCUAAACUAUUUUAUUCUUUGAACUCAAAUGACACGUCCACUCUAUAUCGUUUCCUUAGAGGAACUAACUACGUCUACAAAGGGAAACAACACCCUGGACCUUCCAGUCACAUGCUCUCAAAGAGUCCUAUUCAUUCCACUUUGUCUACAUACUUGAAAUCAAACCUAAACACCAUACCUCACACUUCUCGGAAUCCGAACCCAUAAAAAUGUCUUUCAACACUCAGAAGAGAAUAAGAUUGACUAUUGUUCUUUAUUUAUUUUAUGAAAAAUUCAACAUAGAAUCACGAGACAUUCAGUAGUUGAUUCAGUAAAAAAAUGAUUUACUGCAUUUUCCUAAUAAUCAAUUCACUUUCAGGUAAAUGAUAGGCAUGAAUUGUCGUGCGAUGGUUUUUAAAACUUGGAGAACUGAAGAAAUAAAACAUGAAAUUAGUUUUGUGUGAGUUGUCGUGAAAUAUUCGUCUAUGAGGACGUCAUGAAGAUGCUGUGUUCAGCGGAAGCUGAAUUAAUUGGACAAUUUUUGAUGUUCUUCAAUCAAAAAAUCAUCAAAAUUCACUGGAAACUAUUCAGUUUUCACCGAAAAUCAUGAGGCUUUAAAAGGACAGAAUAAAUUCAUCAAUUUAUAGCAAAUAGAAUUAAUUUUUAUUUAUUGUAGAAUCGUUCAAUAUUCCGUGCUUCAUUCGGACUAAAAAUUUACUCAUUAAAUUUUUUCCACUUUCUUCGUCGUUUCAAAUCGAAAAGAAAAGAAAAGCUUGUAACGGUUUUUCUUUGGCCUCAGCGAAAACUCAAUUUCCUAACAUCCAAAUAACUGUAUUCUCCAUAAACUUGGCCAAACCAUUACCUUCGUUCUCGUAAUCCAACAAAUCCGUAACGCCAAAAACUAAAUACAUAAACGGGAUCUCGGGGAAAAUUAGCAGCUCAAUAGUCCUCUCUUGAAUAAUUUAGGGCGCCAGCCAAUUUUUGAUUACGUGGAAUCGACGAACCGCAGAUAAACUAGGCUUUAAUCAAAAACACUUACUAAUUAUUCCCCAAGAUCCACUAACGACAAAACGGAAUUCGACAAGCAUAUUCGGAA